AUGGCGAUCGGAAAGCCGGAGGUGUCGGAGUUCAGCGAGGUGUUCAAGACCCGCCCCUAUGUUGAUGGCGCCAAGACCUUGAUCGGGGGCCAGGUCAAGCCAUGGCCUGGCAUUUUCUCUGAGAUUUUCUCACCCGUCUACUGCUCCGAGACCGGGGAGCGCAUCUGCAUAGGCCGGCAGGCGACCAUGUCCCCCAAAGAGUCGGUGCAGGCGGUGCAGGCGGCCGCGAAGGCCUGGGACUUGGGCCGCGGAGAGUGGCCGAGGAAGACCCUGGAGCAGCGAGUAGCGGCGGUCGAGAAGCUCAUGGACAGGCUGAAGGAGAUCAGGGGCAAGAUCGUAUCGGUCCUGCAGUGGGAGAUCUGCAAGAACGAUGCCGAUGCGGCGAAGGACGGGCAAGACUUAGCUGCACUGCUGCCAGAAGAGCAAAACUUGGAUUGA